UGUUUGUUUUUUUUUUUUUUGGCACUUUUACUUUGCACACUGUCAAAUUAAAAGGUAUCGUUUUCUCCGUACCAUGGUUGGUUUGUAUACCAUCUAACUUUUUCCAUUUCUCUGUUUCUCACUUAUAUCAGUGUGGGGGUGGAGAGAGAAUCAGAGAGAGAGAGAGAGAGAGAGAGAGAGAGAGAGAGAGAGAGAGAAUGGCGGGGGUGGUGUCAACUGGUUCUUUUUGCUUAGAUUUGGUGUGAUGCAUUUGAAAAGUCAGGGUGGUGUGUGAAUAUGACUAUGGGAUAUACAUGUGAUAUAAGGUUUUGUGUUUGUUGCUGUCCUUUUUAUUUUUAAAAUAUAUAUGUGUGUGUUAAAGAUUCUUAAUCCUUGUUUUUUUUAUAUUAUUUUUUCCUCUGAAACGUUUGGCUUAGACCUCUUUGGAUUUUCUCCUUCCUGGGGUCUCUUUCAAAAUUCUCAAUACUGACAAAGAAUUGGUCAAGUGUGAAAUAUAGAAAAACAAGUGCUUCUACCUCUUAUGUGUCACUGUUUUGUGUUUUUUUCUGCUGUUGGGUUUGCAGACAUGAGAUGCAGGUGUGAACCUUGGAUCAGAAGGGAAGGGAUUUUCUUGUCCUGUUCCUCUUACCAUCUGUUUCUUGGAUAGAUUUUCAGCUUUUUGCUAGAGAGAGAAAGGGGCUGUAAAGUCUUGUAUGGGGUGUCGACAAGGAAACAACUUUUUGGCUAUCUCUACUUUUUCAUAAAAAAAAAAAAAAAAUCCAAUCUUGUCAGUUUUUAUCUCAAUCUGGUUUAAAGGUCAAAAAGUUAAGAGUAGGGAAUCGAAAACUGAAAAGUUUCUUGGCAAAAGAGACAGUGACAAUUUCGGGCGAAAAAUUUAUAAGUAAAAAAACUGAGGAGCGCAAGAGUCAACACAGAAGAAAUAGAGAGUACUCGUCACAGAGAAAUUUUUAGGUGAUAGAAGAGAAAGGGUCAAUCCAAUUUUUUAUAACCUUUUUGUGGGGUUUGAGUGCUUGAUUGACAUCAAGAGUGUGAACAAAGGCAGUUGGGGUUGAUAUUUAUUCCUCAACCCAUUUCCAGUUCAAUGCAAAAUUCAUCUUCUUUCUCCUUCCCAACUCAAAGGAAAAUGGAAGGUCACGGUGAGAUGGGUCUCAUUGGGGAAAAUUUUGAUACUAGUUUGAUGGGGAGAAUGAGGGACGAUGAGUAUGAAAGCCGUUCUGGAAGUGAUAACUUCGAAGGUGUAUCUGGUGAUGACCAGGAUGGUGGUGAUGAUACGCCACAGAGGAAGAAGCGAUACCACAGACACACUCCUCACCAAAUUCAAGAGCUUGAGGCUUUUUUCAAGGAGUGUCCUCACCCUGAUGAGAAGCAACGGUUGGAUCUUAGUAAGAGGCUUGCGUUGGAGAAUAAGCAAGUCAAGUUCUGGUUUCAGAAUCGAAGAACCCAAAUGAAGACCCAGCUAGAACGCCAUGAGAACAUAAUGCUUAGGCAGGAAAAUGAGAAGCUUAGAGCUGAGAACAGUUUGAUGAAGGAAGCCAUGUCAAAUCCAGUAUGUAACAACUGUGGUGGCCCGGCUAUUCCUGGCCAAAUUUCAUUUGAGGAGCACCAGAUUAGAAUUGAGAAUGCUCGACUAAAGGAUGAAUUGAACCGUAUAUGUGCCUUAGCAAACAAGUUUCUUGGCAAACCAAUCUCAUCAUUGACCAGUCCCAUGGCUCUUCCAACCUCAAACUCUGGUCUAGAACUUGGUAUUGGAAGGAAUGGGAUUGGUGGUUCAAGCACUCUUGGCACUCCCUUGCCAAUGGGACUUGAUUUGGGAGAUGGAGUGUUGGGCACCCAACCUACAAUGUCAGGGAUUAGACCACCGAUGGGGUUGAUGGGAAAUGAGGUUCAGGUAGAGAGAUCUAUGCUUAUAGAUCUUGCAUUGGCUGCUAUGGAGGAAUUACUGAAGAUGACUCAAGCAGAUACCCCUCUUUGGAUUAAGAGUUUGGAUGGUGAGAAGGAAAUAUUGAACCAUGAGGAGUAUGCAAGGAUGUUUUCUCCUUGUAUUGGUGCAAAACCCACUGGUUAUGUAACUGAAGCUACAAGAGAAACUGGGAUUGUAAUCAUCAACAGUUUGGCACUCGUGGAAACUUUGAUGGACGUGAAUCGGUGGGCAGAGAUGUUUCCGUCUAUGAUUGCUAGAGCUGUCAGCGUCGAUGUUAUAUCUAGUGGCAUGGGUGGAACCAGAAAUGGUGCUCUACAAGUGAUGCAUGCCGAGGUUCAAUUGCUUUCUCCACUAGUUCCCGUUCGUCAAGUGAGAUUCCUCCGGUUCUGUAAGCAACAUGCAGAAGGUGUGUGGGCUGUGGUCGAUGUUUCUAUUGAGAUUGGUCAUGAUGCUGCUAAUGCACAGCCAUUCAUGAGCUGUAGGAGGCUUCCUUCUGGCUGUAUUGUGCAGGAUAUGCCCAAUGGUUACUCCAAGGUUACUUGGCUUGAGCAUUGGGAGUAUGAUGAGAGUGUAGUCCACCAACUUUAUCGCCCAUUGCUUAGUUCUGGUGUUGGAUUUGGUGCUCAUAGAUGGAUCGCCACCCUCCAAAGGCAGUGUGAAUGCUUGGCUAUCCUCAUGUCUUCUUCCAUCUCUAGUGAUGACCAUACUGCACUGAGCCAAGCUGGUCGGAGAAGCAUGUUGAAAUUAGCACAACGAAUGACUGGUAACUUCUGUUCAGGGGUUUGUGCUUCAUCGGCUCGGAAGUGGGAUAGCCUUCAUAUAGGGACUCUCGGUGAUGACAUGAGAGUGAUGACUAGGAAGAACGUGGAUGACCCUGGUGAGCCUCCAGGGAUUGUUCUCAGUGCUGCAACUUCUGUUUGGAUCCCGGUGUCACGGCAAAGGCUCUUUGAUUUUCUGCGUGAUGAACGACUCAGAAGUGAGUGGGACAUCUUGUCCAAUGGUGGACCAAUGCAAGAGAUGGUCCAUAUUGCCAAAGGUCAAGGACAUGGAAACUGUGUUUCUCUACUUCGUGCUAAUGCCGUUAAUGCGAAUGACAGCAGCAUGCUGAUUCUGCAAGAGACAUGGAUGGAUGCAUCAUGCUCGGUGGUGGUGUAUGCACCAGUUGACGUGCAAUCCUUGAACGUGGUGAUGAGUGGAGGAGAUUCUGCAUACGUUGCACUCUUGCCCUCAGGCUUUGCCAUUCUUCCCGAUGGACAUAGCAACAACAGUUGCAAUGGAACUUCGCAAAAGGGUGGUGCAAAUGAUGAAGGUGGGGGAAGCUUGCUCACAGUUGGGUUCCAAAUUCUGGUGAAUAGCCUCCCAACAGCUAAGCUCACAGUGGAAUCAGUUGAUACUGUGAAUAAUCUCAUCUCAUGCACCAUUCAGAAGAUCAAAGCUGCUCUCAGAGUUGCAUGACAUCGUGCAACCUUUUUGUUAUCGUAUGUUGUUUCCUUGUUUUGUGUCUUUAUUUUCAUUUCUAAAAUGAAUUGAGGGGUUAUAUAUUUGGGUGUAUAGGAUCUUAUAGAGUAGUGGAAGAGGCUGAAACAGAAAGGAUCGCGUAAGGAAGGUUUCGAGUCAAGAACGAACCGCCAUAGAGAGGGACUUGGGCUGCAUGCACUCCCCGCUGCAAUGCAAGUUUUCUUGCUCAUGGUGGUUCGGGUAUUGACUCGUUGACCUGCGAGUUGGUCUCAGCACUCUUGUUUCUCCAAAAAAUUGUGCGUGUUACUUCUUAGUGCCCCCAUCCUAUAGAGUUGCGAAUUCAAACUGCAGAACUAAUGUCGUUUCUAAUGCAUUUUCAUGCUUUUCUCUUUCUU